AUGCUUCAAUACGCACAUGUCUUCAAUCACCUGUGCCAGUAUGCCGGUUAUCAUGCAGACAGCGAUGCCAAGAAGCAGGAUCGUUUCUGCCAUGGUCUUAACACCAAGCUCAAGGAGCGUCUCAACCUUGUCCACACCGACAGUUUUAAUGAGCUGGUGAAUAAGGCCAUUACUCAGGACGAUUGCAUUACAGGGCAUCGUGCUGAGAAGAAGAGGAAGGCACCGACUGGACCCUCUGGUGUGCAGCCACCAAGGUAUCGUUUGGUGCAGAAUACAGUACCCAGGGUCCCACAGAGAAAUCCUCCAUCAGGCAGAUGGGUUUUCAGGCCACCUCAGCAACAAGGAGCGGUUAGACCUCCUAUGCCUCAACAGCAACAGUCUGGGCCAAGGCCAAAUGUUCAACAACCAAACCGUGCAAAUAGCGACAACCAUUGUUAUACCUGCGGAAGUCCUACGCACUUCGCCAGGAAUUGCCCCCGAAACCAGAAGCCUGCCCAAGGUCAGAAUUCUAAUCAGAACAACCAGGGCAAGGGUAAGAAACAAGUCAUGCAAGUCAGGCAAGGAAAGAUCAACUUUACUACUCUUGCUGAACUUCCAGAGGGCGCACCAAUUAUGACGGGUAUAUUCUCUAUCCAUCAUAAGCCUACCGUUAUACUGUUUGAUUCUGGUGCAACCCCUAGAAUCAUUAGUGCUAAAUGUGGGGCAAGACUAGGAUUGGAUUCUAGUCAUACAAAGGCACCAUACAUGAUUACCACAUCUGGUGGUAAAAUAGCUUCCAAUCAAAUCCUUAGACGUGUGCCAAUUCAGUUGGGUAGCAAGUUGAUCAAAACCGACUUGAUUUCUUUAAGUCUAGAAGGUAUGGAUGUUAUCCUGGGUAUGGACUGGAUGACCAAACAUAGAGUAAUGUUAGAUAUCUCUUCCCGAGCUAUUGAGAUUGAUUCACCAUACCAAGGAGCCACUACCCUUUAUCUUCCAUCACAAGAGUACAUCACUCCUUGUACCUUUGCCAUGAAAGAUAUAAAACUAGAAGACAUUCCGGUAGUGUGCGAGUAUGCAGAUGUCUUUCCGAAUGACUUGCCCGGAUUGCCUCCUGAUAGAGAUAUUGAGUUUGUGAUUGAGUUACAACUAGGCACAACUCCUAUCUCUAAAAGACCCUACCGAAUGCCACCAAAUGAGUUAGUAGAAUUGAAGAUCCAGCUUCAAGACCUUCUGGACAAAGGUUAG